AGCCCUGGACAGGGGAGGCUGCGGUGGGAGCAGGUACCAGGGUGGUGUGGGGAUGGCAGGUGUGCCCUGAAAACCCUUGCUUUAAGAUGAGAAGCUGUGAGCCGGCCUCAGUGUGCGACAAUGGAGCCUCCAGACAAUGUCCUGAACUGCCUCAAGACUUUGCUUGAGGGUGUGAGCAGAGCUGUCAUAAAACAGAAACCAGAAGACAUUGCUGGGUUUUUAGCUUCCUAUUUCCAAGAGUUCAUUGACUUCCAAAAAGAGAAUCCAAAUUUGAUUUUAACAGAAGUGGUUGAAAAAUUUGAUUUCAAGCAGGAGUCCCAGAGAAAGGAAUCAUGUACUGACAGAGGGGAAGACCGUAUUCCUGAAGACCUCGCUUCACGUAGCUCCAGAAUUUCUCUGUGCCCAUCACCAACCAGUUCCAUUCCAGAAAGCAAACACCCCCCUGGACCUGAUGAAGCUUUAUCCCCUGAGGGAUCUGAACUUGAGUAUGUGCCUUCUGACCCUGCACAGCUCCCUGCCUGUGUGGAAGAUAGCAAUGGUUCUGUUUGUCUUGUGAGGGAUGUGGCAACCACUGCGCAGACUCUUCAGGAAGAUAUUUCUGCUGCCUCAGCAGCUGAGGCUUCUAGAUCACAUCUAGAAGUGCAGCCUUGGUCCUCCAUGAGUGGAGAAGUAGGACCCUCAGACAACCAGAUCCUUGUCUUAACAACUGAUAUAAAUCAGGUUUCCUCGGUCCUCUUGCAGGAAGGACUCUCAUCUCUUCCACCACCACCAUCUCCUACUAAAGAAGAGUUGCAGGCUGUGCCUUCCUGUAGCACAGCUGAGGCCAUCACAACCACUGAUAAACUGAUAAUGAAUGCAGAGGUUCCUACCUCCAUACAGCAGUUUCCAGAUAAAAUAAUCAUUUCCUUUAGUGGACAAGCUUUUUCUUCUGUGAAGCUGUCAUUAAAUGCAGGCCAGAUCUCAUGUCUGGCUGCUAAUGAUGCAGUGUUCCAGCCUGAGCAAAUGGAAGCCAUAGCACCGAUGGAAUCAGCUGAGCAAGCUUGUUGCUUCAGAGUGGAAUGUUCUAUUCUGGAUGACAUGAUGAAGAACUGACACAACAGCUCUUGGAAUCACUCAACUGCUGGGCAACUUCGAGGGUAAGACCUGAAGAAAUGCUGUCCGCAGUGAAGACCUGAGUGCAGAAGCAAUGAGGUAUCCAAUUUCUGCCCUCACCGUAAGAACCAGGCAAAGCACAGCCAAAAAAAAAAAGCACUUCUCCUCAUCUGUGCAGAUGUCUCCAGUACCACUGCCAUACGUGGGUAAUUGUAGCUGCACACAGAAUAAAAACAGAAAGCAUC